AUGGCACCAGGAUACGACCUAGACAAACUCCCAGGCAGCUUGCCUUCGCAACAAGUUCCAGAGCAUGUCGAUGUGGAGACAAUCCAAAAGUCGGCUCAACAACUCCUAGAGAAUUUGGAUGUAAACGGCCUGCACAGCACGGCACUAUGGAGAGAUUGGCUCGCGCUUACGGGUCAGAUACGAACGUUCUAUAGCUCGGAAAAGAUCGCGGAGGUGUGGACCACUCAAGUCAAGGCUAAAAAUGUCACAAAUAUCAAGACAAAGACCGGACGUAUCACCAAACCUGUUCCAACGAGCUCCUGGGUCGAUAUUCCGUUCACAUUCAUCACGGAGCAAGAAGGCGGCCUCAUGGGGAACUGCACAGGUACGGCCUCGUUGAUUCCAGAUGAGGCCGGGCAGUGGAAAAUCUGGAUGCUUGUGACCGUUCUGGACAACUUUGCUGACCUCGGACACCCUGAUGUUCCUCCGAUGGCGGGUAACACGCUUGCCAAUGGUACGGUCAACGGUGUUGCUGAACACGGAACGAAAGGGGAUGGCGAACAUUAUUUUGAUGUCGUGGUGAUAGGAGCAGGUCAAUGCGGUCUGGCAGUCGCAGGGAGACUUGGUGCGCUUGGAAUAAACUACGUGCUUCUCGAGAAGCGACUCUCAGUGGGGAAGAACUGGACUCAACGGUACGAGUCAGUGAGACAACAUACCAUCCGAGAAUACAACAAUCUUCCCUUCGAACGCACAUGGAAGGCCAAUGACCCAUUGUUACUGCCUGGCAAAAUCGUGGCAGAAGGCUUUGAGAACUAUGUCAGCAAGUACAACAUCAACCUCUGGACAAGUGCGGACACCACCGGAGCGACCUGGGAUUCCGAGCGCCGGACUUGGAUGCUGGACGUCACUAUUGACGGGAACGAAAGGCGGAAGCUCGUCUGCCGACAUCUUGUCGUCGCCACGGGUGCCGGUGUGAGCAUCGACAACGACCCACGGUAUCCCGGAACGGACCACUACCAGGGCAUACUCGUGCAUUCGGGGGCGUACAAGCACAGCCGUGACUGGGCAACCAAGGACGGUAUUGUCAUUGGGUCAGGCACCACAGCGCAUGAUAUUGCUGAAGACAUGUAUCGGGCAGGUCUGCGUUCUGUCACCAUGAUUCAGCGAAAUCAGACCGCCAUAUACCCAAUCGAGUGGAUCGUCAAGGGACAGCAGGGUCUUUACAACAACAACAUCCCCACCGCUGAUGCAGAUGCGUUGGUGGCCUGUCGCCCCAAUAAGAUCCUCCGUGACAUUCUGAAGGUGAUCCACGAAGCUGCCGCAAGCCAGGAGCAAGAACGCUUCGACGACCUGGAGCGCGCCGGGUUCCGGGUUGAUCGAAAGACUCCCCUGAUGGACAACAUCUUGUCGCGCUACGGUGGUUAUUACAUAGACAUUGGGGCUUGUUCCCACGUUGUGAGAGGCGAAAUCAAGGUUAAAUCCGGUGUGCCAAUUACCACCUUCACCCCCAAGGGCUUGAGAUUUCAAGAUGGAAGCGAGCUCGAGGGGGGCGUGGUGGUGAUUGCAACCGGGCAGGACCACGACUACCGAAAUCAGGUCGCCGAGAUUGUCGGGAAGGACUUAGCCUCGAAACUAAGCGAGUUUUGGGGCCUGGACGAAGAAGGGGAAGUUCGGAACGUGAUGAAGCCAGCAGCUCCCGGCUUGUGGAUGUUUGGAGGCACCGCCGCUCAAGCGCGUUGGUGGUCGCGGUUUGUAGCUCUUUCCAUUCAAUCCGACGUGAUAGGAAAGCCUCUUGAGGGUGUGAAGAUGGUCGGAUAG